AUGGCGACCUUGGAGUCCCCAACAGCACUCAUAACUCAAGUUGUAACCGUCGUUGUUACCCAAGUGGUUGUACGAGGCAAUGGAGCUGGUUCUGAUACCGGCAUCCACCAAGAACUGGGCCAAAACAGACUUCAUUUUGGUCUGGCCACUCUUGAAGUCGUCUCCUCCAAUAAAGGUGUUGUUCUUGUCAGCAAGCUCAAUAAGACCCGGAACAAAAGUGUUUUGAGGACUUCCGUUGAUGUAUGGAACAUUCUCCAAGAUACUGGCAAUGGCGAAAACGGUACUUGGAGCAAUCUCCUCGUGGUCCUGCUUCACAGCUUCCAAAACGUUCUCGGCAGUGUCGUUCACACCUUCCACCACAUUAACGUAUCUCUCGGUGUUAGCAGUCCACAACACAACAACUUUGUCGAGCUUGUUGGACGCCUUGAAGUCGCGGAUAUCCUUUCUGAUCUGCUCCACGUGGCUCCACUUGCCGGUGGUGUGGAUCUCGCCGUUGGAUCUGUUGAAGCAGUUGUUGGCUCUCUCGUCCUGGUUGGCAGCAAUGAAGUCUGGGUACGAGUUGAACGGAGCGUACACGUCCAAACCGUUGGAGUCGACACCCAGCUUGACAGUGGCGGAUUGGGUGACCGAUCCAUAGUAGUUGGCGUUCUUCAAACCUUCCUUGGUGUUGAAUUGGACCUUGUUCUUGUUGGCAAGCACGGAAGCCACAAAUGUGGUACCGUUGUUACCGCCCAAUCCAACAAGCAUCACACCAACUUUAGGCACCUUAAGGUCAACCUUGAACUGGUAUGGCUCCUCCACAGGCUUGACAGAGUAAGUUCCGGAAGGCUCUUUGUCCACAACCGCGUUCUUGUACACGUAGUUGGUGACAAGCUCGUUCUCAGAGUACUUGCAUUUGUCGGUUUGAACUUUAACUUUUGGGACGAAUUGGACAGUCAUGAUGAUUAG